AGGGGGUGGUGGCUCUCUUUGCGAGCGCAGCGGCGGAGUUUAGCGGCUGACAGGCAGCGGCGGGGGAGCGCCGGCCCGGGGCAGAUUAUGAAAAUAUUCUGAUCAAUCGGUUUAAAAAAAAUUCAGAACUGCAUUAAGGCUUCACCAUAAAUCUUUUUGGCUGCUUAUGAAGUUUCUGAUAUUGAAGCUGCACUAUUGAAAUGAAGAAAAGGAGAAAGUUCCCUGGAAAUUUAAAUGAGAAGCUACAUCUUGGCCAUGAGAAAAAUAUUUCUGAUGGGGUUCUUAUAGUAGAUUCUGACCAAGAAACUGUCACCAAAUCUGCAGAAGUAGCUAUUGCGGACCAACUUGAGUGUUCCCAAGAACUUCCUCCAUCACCAGAACAAAGAAAACUCUUAAGUUCACUGCAGUAUAAUAAAAAUCUACUUAAAUAUUUAAAUGAUGAUAGACAGAAACAACCAUCUUUUUGUGACUUACUUAUAAUAGUAGAAGGAAAAGAAUUUAGCGCACACAAAGUUGUUGUAGCUGUUGGCAGUAGUUAUUUUCAUGCUUGUUUGAGCAAAAACCCAAGCACGGAUGUUGUCACACUGGAUCAUGUAACUCAUUCUGUUUUUCAACAUUUGCUUGAGUUUUUGUACACAUCUGAGUUUUUUGUAUAUAAAAAUGAAAUCCCUUUAGUGUUGGAAGCAGCUAAAUUUUUAGACAUUAUAGAUGCAGUCAAACUGCUCAAUAAUGAAAAUAUUUCCUGCAUACAAUCUGAAGCGGUAACUGAAAACCCAAUACCAGCUGAAACUCUCAAUGAAUUGACUGGUAAACUAUCAAAUAGUCACCAGUGCACUUUUUGCAGUCGAAACUUCUGUUACAAGAAAUCCUUAGAAAACCACUUGGCUAAAGCUCACAGGUCCCUUCCACUGGAAAAAAAACAUGGUUUAAAAAUGGUUGAGAAAGCAGACUUUUCUACCAGAAGAUCUACAAGGAACCGUAAAUGCCCAGCUAAGUUUGAUAACAGUGAUAACGAAAGCAGCGAUGUGUCUGACAGCAAGGAAAAAGUCCAUUCUGAGAGAGAAAUAUCUGUUAAAAAUGAAUGUGAAGAUAGUGGAAGUGACUGCAAUGCAGAUGAAGAGGGUCAGGAAGAAGAUGAAAUACCAGAUGAAGAUUCUGAUGCUGAAGAGCAAAGUAAAAAAGAACAUAAUGAUACUGAAGUGAGUCCUGAGCCAGUUGAUUCAGUAGGAAAUAUUCCUGAAGGUUUAACUCCAGUAAUCAUUCAGAGUAGUAGCAAAAAACUAUUGCAGUGUCCCAAGUGUGACAAAACAUUUGAUCGAACAGGGAAGCUCGAGAUCCAUACCCGUGCGCACACAGGUGAGAAGCCCUUCGAGUGUGAUAUUUGUCAUCAGCGCUAUUCCACAAAAUCUAACCUGACAGUUCACAGAAAGAAACACAAUAAUGAAACAGAAUUUCAUAAGAAGGAGCACAAAUGUCCAUAUUGUAAUAAACUUCAUGCAAGCAAAAAGACCCUAGCAAAACAUGCAAAGAGGUUUCAUCCAGAGAACGUACAAGAAUUUCUUUCCAUUAAAAAGACAAAGAGUGAAGGCUGGAAAUGUGAUAUUUGUAAGAAAUCUUUUGCUCGAAGACCCCAUUUGGAAGAACACAUGAUUCUUCACACUCAGGAUAAACCUUUCAAGUGUACCUAUUGUGAAGAGCACUUUAAAUCCCGGUUUGCAAGAUUGAAGCAUCAAGAAAAAUUCCAUCUUGGUCCUUUCCCGUGUGAUAUUUGUGGUCGUCAGUUCAAUGACACUAGAAAUCUAAAACGCCAUAUAGAAUGUACUCAUGGGGGGAAGAGAAAAUGGGUGUGUUUUAUAUGUGGAAAAUCAGUCAGAGAAAGAACAACUUUGAAAGAACAUUUGAGAAUUCAUAGUGGGGAGAAACCUCAUCUUUGUAGUAUUUGUGGGCAGAGUUUUCGUCAUGGAAGUUCCUACAGACUUCAUCUACGAGUUCACCAUAAUGACAAAAGGUACGAAUGUGAAGAAUGUGGGAAAACGUUUAUUCGGCAUGAUCAUCUAACAAAACACAAAAAAAUACACUCAGGUGAAAAAGCACACCAGUGUGAGGAGUGUGGAAAGUGUUUUGGCCGUAGAGACCACCUAACUGUCCAUUACAAAAGUGUUCAUCUAGGAGAGAAAGUGUGGCAAAAAUAUAAAGCAACAUUUCAUCAGUGUGAUGUCUGCAAGAAAGUUUUUAAAGGGAAAUCAAGUUUGGAAAUGCAUUUUAGGACACAUUCAGGUGAGAAACCAUACAAAUGUCAAAUCUGUAGCCAGUCCUUUAGAAUUAAGAAGACAUUAACAAAACACAUGGUUAUUCAUUCAGAUGCUCGACCUUUUAACUGCCAGCAUUGCAAUGCAACAUUUAAACGAAAAGACAAGUUGAAAUACCAUAUUGACCAUGUACAUGGAACAAAGGCUGCAGAAGAAACAGUAACUGCUUCUGAAGAAAAAGUAAUCUCCUUGCCAGUACAGUACACCCCUGAUGACAAAGUUUUCCAAAUUGAGUCUAAACCAUACAUGGAUCAGCCCGAAGUUUACGAAACAGAAGUCAAACCUAUGCUACAGAAUGUACCAGCAGAAGUAUGUGUGCCAGUAACACUGGUACCAGUUCAGAUGCGGGAACCUCAAGCUGAUCUAGUACAACAUACCACUACUCUCUCACCCCAGUCUCAUGGCAUUCUUCCCCCACAGAUACAGCAGCCAGAUUAUCAACGAACAACAGAAAUGGCAUUUCUGGAAAAAUAUACUCUCACUCCCCAGCCUGCAAAUAUAGUUCAUCCUGUCAGACCUGAGCAAAUGUUGGAUCCUAGAGACCAAUCUUACCUUGGAACUUUAUUGGGGCUUGAUACAGCUCCAACUGUACAGAAUAUGUCAAAUAAUGAACAUUCAUGAUCGGACCCAUAACAUUCCACCUAACUUACUAAGCCAUUAGCCACCAGAGGACUAAUAUGGCUACUAAGUUUUUUGUAGUUUAUUUGGACUUCUAGUCUUCUGAACAGUUUUGUUGAGUGCAAGGAAAAAAUAGAUUUGUUUGCAUAUAUGAACAUUAAGACACAUUUUGAUGUAUAUUUAUAGUGUUUCUUGUGGUUUUAAAGACUUUUAAAAAUCUUAUAGAAGGUCUUUUGAAAACAGGUUCUCAAAUACCUUUUAAGAAUACUAGCUGCAGCAAACAUUAAUCCCAUACCUGGCCAUUAAUAAAAA